CAGACAGAGGGGGAGAGAGAGUGGGAACUGUUAAAACGUGUGUGCGCUCCCUCCAGUCUCAGCAUCGCUCCGUUUCUGCAGGAGGCUGCAGCUCCAUCCCUCCAGGAUCUCCACCGGCGCCGGUGACCACACAUGAGCAGCUCGCUUUCCACCCAGCCCGUUCCGCCCUGAGCUGGGAUCCCGUCGUUUCCUCCGCAUGGAUGAUUACAGUCCGACGCACAUGCAUGGAUUUCCCAGAGCACAACUAAUUUGACUCACGCCGCGGGAUCGGUGAAAAGAACAGACACGCGCAGAGCGGCUGUGAGCGGGUUCCAGCCGCCUGCGGGUUUAUGGACGCAGCGCCUCACACCGCCUUGGACAUGGGACCGUCCGUCACCGCAGACAGACCCUGUGCCGGAGGAAGAGCGUCUUCCUGAAGGAGGAACAGUCCGUGUGCGGGAGUGGGUUCUUGUUUUUUUUUUUUUUUAGGUUUUGUUUUUUUUUUACUACCGGAGCUGUGGGUUUUACGCGCCGGAACGAUGCGUCCCAACCGCGGCUUCAUCCUGCUCCUCCUCAACGGAACCGCUUGUUUGGUGGCCCUGGGUCAAGAAGAUGACUCCUCCAGUCCGAAGAGCCCCUCCCACGACUCGUCCAAGACAGUGGGGCUGCUGAGCGGGCAGCCUCCCCUCUCGCCCCUGAGUCGCUGGAUGCUUCACAGUAAGAGCCGAGCUGCUAACGCCACGUCUGUGGAGCUGCCCUACCGCUCCCCAGUCCCGUUCUCCAAGCAGGAGUUCUCCAAACAGGAGUUCUGGGAGAUGUUGGGCAGCGAUCUACUCAAACCCGACGCCUCCAGCUCCAGGGUCAAACGCCGGCCCAUCGUCAAGACCGGCAAGUUCAAAAAGAUGUUCGGCUGGGGAGACUUUUACUCCAACAUCAAGACGGUGCGGCUCAACCUGCUGAUCACCGGCAAGAUCGUGGAUCACGGUAACGGCACGUUCAGCGUCUACUUUCGGCACAACUCCACGGGCCAGGGCAACAUCUCGGUCAGCCUGGUGCCACCUGUCAAGGCGGUGGAGUUCGACCUGGAGCGCCAGAGCGUGGUCUACCCAAAGGACUCCAAGAUCUUCAACUGCCGCGUGGACUAUGAGAAGGUGGACAGGAGCAAGCGCACCUCGCUGUGCAACUACGAUCCAUCCAAAACCUGCUUCCAGGAGCAGAUUCAGAGCCACGUGUCCUGGAUUUGCUCCAAGCCUUUUAAGGUCAUCUGCAUCUACAUUUCCUUCUAUAGUACAGACUACCGCCUGGUGCAAAAGGUUUGUCCAGACUACAACUACCAUAACGAGAUGCCCUACUUGCCCUCUGGCUAGAAAAGCUACAGGGGGAGGAGGGGGAGAGGGGAGAGGACAAGAGAGUGACUGCAAAAUUCGAUGAAAGCCAGGGCUGCGACUUGUCCUUAAUACUAAGUGGCUUGGAGACGCCUGUAGCCUGACUAUUAUACGAUGUAAAAACAUAUAUGCAAAACAAGAAGUACAGUAUGCAGACGGAGCGGCGCUGCCAAUGCGUAGAUACAGCGUUCAUCAAUUAACUGGUAGUAGAACAUCAAACACACAUUCUUACCUCAAUUUAGGUUUUAAAUGCCAGCAUUUCUUUCACCCACCGAGUUGUUUGUGAACGUGUGAACCUCCGCCUCAACCCCCUUCACGAGGAUUUUCAGUGAAACCACACAUUUGAAUGCUGUGGCUUGUUUUGCCGGUUUGAAAUUCUGGAAAUUGAUAUUGAUUUGAAACUUUUCCAGAGAGAAUGUGAAGCUUUCUGCUUCGUCUCAUACAGAGCUGAUAAAUGUAGAGAAGCCAAUCACGGGGUCCGUCGCUGCUCAAAGGGCAUUUAUUUCUAAGCUGAACUCACGGUAACUCCUGAAUAACAUGCAAAAUGCAUCCUCAGCCCCCCCCGGCCCCCCGCCCACGCGUGUCCACAUCCUCACGCGUGACCAGCCCACCGCGGCGUGUUUACCUGCAUAAUGAAACCGCUGUAUAUCCUUCAGUAAUGUCACGUCAGUUUGAGUGAAAUAGGAAAAAGAGAGCGGAGGAGGAAAAUAAUAAAAUUUGCAAGAAAAAGCAAUUUCUCAACAAAGAUUCGGGGCCAGGGCUUAAGACAAGUUCAGUGUGCAGGAAAUAACUAGAUUCUGCAUAGAGAUGGAAUUGGCCCUCCAUACUUAAGAAGAAGAAGAAGAGAGAGGGGCGGCUGAGUGAGAGAGGGAAAGAUUCAGUGAGCUCUUUUAAUUAAAGUGGAGAAGGAGAUGUAGAGUAUGCAGCUCCUUCUAUUGUCCCCUCUGUAUGAAAAAGAUUACAUUUUGUUGCCGUCAGGAUUCCUGAUUUCACGCCUUGAUAACUUUGACUGUGUGAGGGAGAUUGCUCUCUCCCGACAAACACUGUGUUCACUAAAGUCAGCCCGUUAUCUUGAAUAAAUGAAAAUAUUAUCAUAAUAAUUACAUAUAAUUUAAUCUCCUUUAGAACUAAUUAAGGUUUCAACGAGAGGGCGAAAUGUAUUCCUAGAAAUCGAGUCAGCGGGUAGGAGGAUAAGAGAACGUUCAUGGGGAUUGCUUUUUGCAUGGAGCCGGCAGCCAGAGCUCGGCCCAGAGUUAACUGCUCUCAUUAAGAUAAAUUGCCACUUGCUGGCCCAUCUCCUGUUGCUCUCACAAACAAUAUCAGUGGAGAGCAUCGCACAAUGGAGCUAUGAAUUAGGUAGCCUGACAUUUGUGCAUGGAGAGGUUAUGCUUGUCCUGCUUAUGGGGACACAGCGGCUUCUCGGUUCAUUAACGGCGAACAGUCACGAGACAGGUGUGAAGAGUCAUUAGGCGGUGAUAUAAUGGUGUGAUGGUAAUGUGCUGGGAUAUCAGGGGGAGAUGUGCACGGUUGGCUGGACCUGGGGUGGAGCCAGGUGGGACACCCAGGAGGAGCCGGCGAGCGGCCGCCGCAACUGCUAGCGGUUAGCAGUUAGCGGUUAGCGAAGGAGCCAGGCAGCAGCGAGUGGCCGCCGCUAACGCUAGUAGUUAGCAGUUAGCGGUUAGCGGAGGAGCCAGGCAGCAGCGAGUGGCCGCCGCUAACGCUAAUGCUAGCGGCUCAGGCUCAGGGAGGAAGAUGCCAGGAGAGGCCUGUCAGCAUGCGUAUCGCGGAGGGGGCUCGUCUCUCUACAGCGUGCGACCAAAUCAACUUUUGGCCCGGAGCAAAAAGGCAGAAGCUCAGUCUGCAGGAGACACGUCUGCACCACCUGCAGCCUCCACCUGCUGCUGCUGGGGCUGAGUUAUCUAAGCCGGUGCAUUCAUAUGUGCUCGUUGAGGACACGUGUAUCUGUCAGAGGGGGGAUUUUUCCUAAAGGGAUCCAUUAAUCACUAUAGAUUUUAUUCCCACACAUACACACUAUUAAAUUCUGUCUGAACUGGGUCCAGUACAACAUGCAAUACAUCGUAGAUGAUGCCUCAAACUCCACAUCCGGCACCUGUUGGAAGCCUGGAUGCAGCAUCCGUUGCCUGGCGCUCCCCAUCCAUUCCCGCGUGCCGCCGUCUCCCCGGCCGCGACCCGGCCGACCGGGCCCAGCUUCUCCCCUCACCCCGGCCAACGCCGGACCCCGCCGCGGGCAGUUCCCCGCCGCUGCCCCGCCUGCCCUUCGGUGCGCGGCGCCGACCGGAGCCGGCUAAUCUCGCAGAGCUUAGCGCCAAGCCAGCGGAACAUCAGCAGUGAGAACUCCCCUCUCUCUUUCUCCAUCCAUCUGUUUUUCCUCCCCAUCAAUAUCCUGUCAAACAGAUGCGCGCACAGGCACAGUGUUAAGACGCGCUGGUUUCGGUAUUUUCCUCUCUUCUCUUCAAAGCGUCGUACAUAAGCCCCUGGGUUGUGAGGACCGGAAAUCUUUUGAGAGCAUGCCAGCAGAGUGCCCAACACAGAUAUGCUCCGGUACCCCCCCCCCCCCCCCACUCCUGCAGGGCAUCCAGAGAGGAGUUGGAUACUCAACCGUGUUGGAAUGAAAGCUGGUCCACAGGAACGUCCUGACGAUAAAAAAAAAAUAAAUAAAUGGACAAGGACACAUGUUGGGCUGCUUGUGGAGGAGCCACUUACUCUGCUCCUCAAUCCUGUCUGAUUUACAGCAAUACUCUGACGGAGGCUUCGCCCGCUCCGCCUCUCCAGGGCAAAUUUAAGGACGGCUGCUGGACAAAUGUUACAGGCAGCGGGAUGUACGGGAUGUUCCUCUGGGAUGGACGGCGUUGUUAGAGCAGCAGCCUUACUGGUGACCCAGCUAAUGCCAACAGGCAUGUGGAUAUUUUGGCCUUAGAGACUGCAAGACAACAAAUAAAGAAUAGCAACAAAAUCAGACUGUCAAAAACAUAAAUAUACAUAUAUAUAUAAAUAUAUAUAUAUAUAUAUAUAUAUAUAGGUGAAAGCUAUGAGUCCUGAGAUGUGAAUAAAGUUGUAUUUAAAUGUGGGUCAUGCAGUGGAGGUUGUCUGUUUUAUCCUUUUGUUAUUCAUGGUUUUUAUUUCCCUAUGUUACGCGGACGGUACUGAAUCGAUCAUAUGACAUUUACUGUAGUUUCCAACAUUCUAAGAGUCAAUAAAGUACACAGAAGUACUUCAACCAUCCCGGGCGCGGAGACACAGGCUCUGGUCUCAUGUUUGGUUGUACUUCGUGUGUAGGAAGAGUGUGUCAA